GACGCACAGGCACAGAGGGCAGAGCAGACUGGACACUUUUAAAAACAAGGAUUAAACAUGUUCAGCCGCAUAUUUAAAGAGUUUGAGGAAGAUCCUUUUUUUAGGGACUCUUUCCGUGCACAUACGGAACAUAUGCAGCAUUUUACGCGUAGCUUCUCCGAGCCAUUCGAUGCGUCUGUAAUGCCCAGUCUGACGGACGGGACGAGCCAGGGCGGCAGGAUGGCACAGUCCAACUCACCCCAUGCCCUUACACAAAACCAACGGGAUAUGAGUCGGUCAUUAUUUUCAUUCGGCAGCUUUGACAACACGGACCUGAUGAGGAACCCUAUUGGCAUAGUCAACAAUAUGAUCACUAAUAUGAGAAACAGAGUGGACAUGCCGCGGGAUUUUGAGAAUGGCCACUCUUUCAGCUCUUCAUCAGUCAUGACUUAUUCUAAGGUUGGAAAUGAGCCGCCCAAGGUCUUUCAGGCCAGCUCAUCAACACUCCGUGCUCCUGGAGGGAUCAAGGAAACUCGUCAAGCCAUCAAAGACUCUGAGAGCGGUUUGCAAAAGAUGGCCAUUGGUCACCACAUUCAAGACAGGGGUCACAUCAUGGAAAAGAAGUUUAACAACAAAACCGGUGAAAAAGAAUUCAACCAGGAUUUUCAGAAUCUAGAUGAAUCUGAAGCAGAGGCAUUUGAUGAAGAAUUUAAGCAAAAGGUGUCUACAGUUAAAUCUGAUGGCCACAGGUCUGUGUCUAUUACAUUUAACCAAGAGCAAGGUCACAGAGAACAACCCAGAAUUGCUACAAAGAGAGAACCAGGCUCUAAAAGGCAAUAAAGAUCUCUAUGUUAUUAUUAAACUGUUCAAAGCAAUAAGCUAUAUACAA